GGUGGGUUGUGAGUAUGAGGAGGCAAAAUCAGAGUCUUGAUGAGUUUUAUAAUGCCUCGUACCCUUCCACCCAUCUCCAUUUGAAUCCACGUAGUCAUCUCUCUUCACCUUCCCAUCCUAUGAGCUGGUAGUGCUGGACUCUCUUUUUCGUAGUAGGGGAGAUAGCUAGGUUCCCAUCUGUCAGCCUUUGUAGUGCAUGGGAGAUAUAUCCCAUAUUCCCACAAGAAGCCCUUCACAUCACCAAAUUCAUUUCCCUCACUCAUUCCUUCCUUUCCUUUACCAACAACACCCUUCCUUCCUUCUCUUAUAGCAAAUAUAUACAGGAGAAAGACUCUUGAGGGGCUGGAAAAAUCCAAGCUAGCAUGGACAUGAACCGAGAAGAAGACGUGUGUCGCAUCGGUCUCGCCAUUGGAUUGGGCUGUGGCUCAUCAAACGAUCGCAGUCGGCGACGAGAACCAUGCCCGACCUUCUCAAUUCCGACGCCUCACGAGCCCUCGCUCACAUUAAGCCUCUCCGACGAUGCGUAUGGGGCGAGCCCCAUGCCCAAAGCUGAGGCUCGCAAGGCAAGCGAGGAGCGUCGGCCGGCACGGCCAUCAUCGCCUCAUAGCACGGUCUCCUCGUUCUCCUCCGCGUAUCCUCCAAGCGUCAAGAGGGAAAAGGACGCAGGGGGCGAGGAGGCGGAGGCGGAGGCGGAGAGACUGUCCUCACGGGCAAGCGAUGAAGAGGAGGAUGGUAGUGCUAGAAAGAAGCUUAGGCUUACGAAAGAGCAGUCCGCCCUCUUAGAGGACAGGUUCAAGGAGCAUAGCACCCUCAAUCCGAAACAAAAACACGCUUUAGCCAAGCAAUUGAAUCUCCGACCGAGACAAGUUGAAGUAUGGUUUCAAAAUAGGAGAGCAAGGACUAAGCUGAAGCAGACUGAAGUUGAUUGCGAAUUCCUUAAACGGUGCUGCGAGACGCUGAGGGACGAGAACAGGAGGCUGCAGAAGGAGCUGCAGGAGCUGAAGGCCCUCAAAUUUGCACACCCGUUCUACAUGCAGUUUCCUGCAGCCACCCUCACGAUGUGCCCUUCAUGCGAGAGGAUCGGCGGUGCCUCCGAUGGCUCCAAAGGUGGCGGCGGCGGCGGCGCCGGACCUUUCAUGGUCGCCCAGCCAAAACCUCGUUUCUUCAAUCCUUUUACCCAUUCGACAACAUUCUAGGAAGGAGUUUUCAGGCCCCACGCCACAGAGCCACAACCUCUCUUCUUGUUCAGUUUUUGGGACUAGGGAAUGAGGAGGAUCCCUAACAGUCACCAUAUGAUGUGUAGUUCUCUCCCUUUUCACCUGAUUUUGAUCGAUGAAUAGAUCAUAGAGUAGAAUAAAAAGAAGAAUCCCAUGAUCUCCUCAUGUUCAAACACCUGUCUAAUUAACCCACCUCCAAGGUUGCUUUAUAUUUUUUUUCCCCUUCUUUUCAUCUAAUCAAGCAUGAUGUUAGUGAUUGUACAGAAGAAAAGAACUCCCAUGAGCUUUUCAUGGUACGAGAAUAAACCUAUGCCAUUUACAUGAAUUGUGCACGAA